AGAUACCUUUCCAAGGGAGAAGUAGAGCAGGAACUGAGAGAGGUCAAAAAGUUACAACGAAAUUGUAAAGACAGAGAAAAGUACUGGAGGGUAAAAUGUGAAGAGUUUAUAGAAAUGGAGGAGGCAGAUCACACAGACCUGUGUAACAUGUUCCAUACCGUCAACAUAAAAGAUAUACCAGAUGGCAUGCAGUGUCUGUGGGACAAUCAGAGGGAGGUGGCAGCAACAAAAAACAAAAAAAGCUAUAGAUGGCAUCCAAAGUAUGACAUUUAAGUAUUGAGUUUAAAUAACAUUUUAACUGAUAACAAUUCAAUCAACUGCCUCAGCAGGACUUUGUUCUAUAUUUUCAUUUACCCAGUCAGGUAAAAUAACCAAUAUCUUGACUGAGACACAGCAACAUGAAAAUAAUGGCGGUAUACGAUGAUGUGAUAACUUGUUUCUAUUAAAUUUAUUCAACUGAUGUUUUUCCUAACGUUUUUCUGUUUAUUUGAAUCUUGUUUCAGGAAAAUAUUGAAAUGGUGCAUCGAAAUGGGAAACACAAACUUGUUGGUUUUGUUAACUUGGGAGAAACACAUGACAUAAUGUCAAAGAUCUCAGGUGUGAUUUUAAGGCACCAUUAGUAAAUAUACUUGAGUAUGUAUAUAAUGCAUAGACAAACAUUACAAUACAAUAUUUUUCAUGUCGGUCAUGAUAAGCAGUAUUUUAAUAGCAAAUGUUUAAUAUUACUGUGAAAGUGGAUGAUCUACAUGCAUAAAAUAGCAGGAUUUAACAUAAAAUACCCCGGAUGUAAAGAAUUACCUGUUAAUUCUUACUGAUGGCUAAUCCAGGUCACAAGAGAUCAGUGUAAACACUUAUUGCAACUAAAAAUAUUUUAGGAUUUUAAGUUUCAUGUAGCUUUAAACAGUUGCAAUGUCAACAAUGUUUUGGAUGUUGUCCUUGAAUUACUAAAUUCUUCUUUUGUUGACUUAUACAGAUGGUACAAGCUCACCUCAUGAUCAACUGGCAACUCAUGUUCUUCAGUUUAUCUUUUUAAGUGAUAAUGGGUUCCGCUUUCCUAUAGCACAGUUUCCGUCUGCUUCUUGCACACCAAGUGCGUUAUACUACUUAUUUUGGGAAGGUGUUAUCAAAAUGCAGGAAUAUGGAUUUGUGUGAGUUUUUAAAACAUAACACUCAGAGGGACCAUAUAAGUAUAUUUAUUUAGCUGAUUCAAUAAAGGUUGCUUUGGGCAUGCAUUGGGAAUGUCUGUCUGGAUUUCAUACAAGGUGCCUGUACUGAGUCUCUAGAUGGCCAAGUCCAAGGAACAACUACUGACCCUUCCCAUAAAAACUACAUCUGGGACCCUAGUGCUUUAUUUUCCAUAAUCUUACACGAGUUUAUCGAUGACGUAAUUUUGGUCGUUACCCUCUAUUAUUUUGUUGAUGUAACUUCGUCUACAUAAUAAAAAGAACAUUACACGGCUUGAGGAUAUGAAUUUUACUUUCUCGUGGCAAAAACAAAAUUUUACUCACUCGCUGCGCUCGUUCGUAAAAUUAUUGUUUUGCCCCUUGAAAAUAAAAUUCAUAUCUUCACACCACCGUGUAAUAUCCUCUAUAUAUUAUCUAAAUAAUAAUGGCAUUACAGGGUAUUACAGUUGGUUUUUGGGGGAAAUAAGGUUGAUUUAAAAAUGAAAUAAAUUAGGGUAGAAAAGGUGUACACAAACCAGUUUAUAGUCCGCUUAUGGGAUUAGAGAUACCUCAAUGGUAGUGGUAGCAGACUAUCUGGUGAUUGGCUACUACUUAUAUUCAAGUCAUAUUAUAAUUUUUAACAAACAUCAAAUCCAAUAUUUUCCUAUUUUCCAAAACUUUUAAACACCUCCCCCAAAAUUUUAUACAUUAAAAACACUUGAAAAAUCACAUAUUCAAAAAUUCACAAAUCAUUUUGGAAUGAAGGACUGUAACUUAAUGGACUCAUUUUUUGAUUGAAUGAAAUCUUGGUUAGAUAAUAAGAAAAAGGAUGGACAUCAACGAAAAAUAAUGCUUUCCACCAUGCUGCCCCCUUUAAAGUAUAUUCAUUACAACUUCACGCCGAUUUAAGUGUGUACCCCAAUUUUUGGGGUUAUCAAGUAUUCAUAUAUUCAGGCUAUUGUUCUUGCCAUUGUCGAUUACCUUCCGAAGAAUCCACGAGCGGAAUUCCUUUGAUUUAGGUGCGAUAUGUCUCUUUUGUUUUGAAUUUUGUUGCUUCAUUGACUUUUUAAUCCCCAUUGUUACAUGAUGAGUAUUAAAUUUAUCUAUUAAAAUACUCGGACUUGCCUGUUAAAUUUGCUGCAGUCUGUGGGAACGCUUACAAGUCUUUUAAGCGUGGCGGACAACUCUGGUUGCAUAACAUAUUUUCGGUCACGCACCGUGUUACAAAGGAAACAAGCCUGAUAAAUUUGAAGUUGAUUAAAGCUUUUAAAUGCCUGGUCUCCAAUAGUAUUUUUUAUUAAACACUCUCCUGCCUUGAAAAUAAUUUGGCGUUUAAAGAAUUGCUGCGGAAGUUAUUUAUUAGAACGUUUUAUUCAUUCAGUAGCUCUGCAAUCAAGAGCGAGCAACUCUUUUCAAAAUGUAAACAACGCAAGCGGUGAAUGCAUUUAACGGGAUGACACAGUUUUAUUAGAGUGUAAUUUCACUUUUUUUUUGAACGUUUUCGCUUGCCUUUCAGUUUUCUUUUGUUGAACAAAACCUUGCGUUUCAGUUACGUGACUGCAGGGGCCCGAAAUAACCGCGUAUUGUCAGUUCACCGAUUUGCAUGACAACUUGAUUCGCGGAGUAGUCGAGUGAGACGGGAAACAUCUAAAAUCAAAACAAGAGCUGUAAUCGACAGAUCAAAACUUGCGGAGUUCAUAAUUCCUCGAAAUAAUUUUGUAGAAAUGCUUGUAUAGUUUCAUUGUUCUGGAGAAAUGAAUAACUGUUAUGAUUGAAUGAAUGGAUAACUCUCGGCCGGAUUUUAUUAAGCGAUAGGCGAGAAAAAAAUGCUUCAGCGGCUUGCUCUGUACUUCGAAACCUCGGCAAGAAAAAAAAAUCCAAUCGCGGUCCACAGUGGUCGAAAUUUCUCGUUCAAGAUCUCUUUUGAAGCUCUCAAAAUUUUCCUUUUUGAAAAAAAUACGUGUCCAAGUCGAAGAAGUUUUGCGAAAGACUUAAAUCCAUAGACUUCUACCGCAAUAUGUGCGAUAAUUCUCUGCAGUUUUAUUCACACACUUAGAACAAAAGGAUACUUAUAAAACUUCGCGGCCCUGGGCAGCUUAAUUAAGCCAUUGUUCAAUUCCUUUGAAUGCGCUUCUGAGUUUUCCGCCAUAAAAUCUCACCUUCUUUGAACCGAGUCAAAACGAACACUCUCGAAGGGAAAGUUCGGAGGAAUAAGUUGAGCCUUCAGGGUACAAAAUCCAGCGGUUAUGCCCAUUUCUGAAAUACACACUUAAAUCGGCGUGAAGUUGUAAUGUUCUUCGAGUACAUGUACACAGGAGAUGCACCACAGCAUUUUGAAUAUAUAUGUAACAAUAAUGGUAAUUAUUGUCAUGCAAUCACAACCUAUUCUCUUCAACUUUCUUCCUUGUUGAUGACAAAGUAUCUACUGGUGUCUCUUGGAUGGAGCAGAUGUAAACAGGCAGUUUAUUAAACUGCACUUCAAGGAUCAGGAUCCUGUGGAAAAGAAAUUUGUAGUGGAAAACAUUUUCACUGGGAAUCCCAUGGUAUUUAUCAUGGACCCAAAGGUAACACUCUAUUUCUGAUCUAGAAUCUUCAUUGAACAUUCUCACCCUUUGAGAUAAAAAUGGUAUAUAUCUUUAACGGUUACGAUGAUAUCUUUUUCAGUCACCUUUUCAUACAAAAUUGCUGUUGAUUUGUUUUUUACAAAAAAGCAAAAACAAAACAACCGGCACUGCAAGACAAGUUACGUCACUUCCAUGGUCUGUACUCUCAUAGACCAUAGCUCUCAACCAGUAAUAGUAAUAGUAAUAGUAAAAAAUAACUAUUAUCAGGAUUAUGGUCUCCUCAUAUUAAAUUCAUGUACUUGUUCCAUUUUUUCCUGAAUUCCAUACCAAUGUAAUGGGUUUGGGUUAUUUAGUCUGGUGAACAAGCAACAAUAUUUGAAGGGAGUGGAGAAGAGGUAGGGUCCUACAUAGCUUGUUAUUCACCGAAGUUAUUGCGUUCGACAUAAACAACAGCAGAGAGGAAGAGGUAAUGUAUGGUGAUUAAGUAUCCUUCCAAGAAUAUAUUUCCUUUGAUAGCCCGCAUAAACAAUUAUUUGUCAGCAAACGCAGUGAUACACAAAAAGAGCAGAAAAAGACCAGCACAAAACAAUGUGGUCAGCGUUUAAUAGGGUUCAACUGAACAGCGAGAAGAGUAAAGAACUUAGAAUCUCCCUCACUAAAAAGCAGUCUGAGUUCCAUCCUAUUCUUGUAAAUGGUAAACAACUUGAAAUAGUUAGAAAUGCAAAGCUGCUGGGUGUGAUAAUUACAAGUGAUAUAUCAUGGAAUGAGCACAUUAACGAAACUGUAAAGAAGGCGUCUUAGAAAGGUUUGUAUUUCCUAGUUCACCUUAAACGGGCAAAGCUUCCAUGUAGGGACUUAAUCCCCUUUUAUGCCACAUGUAUAAGAUCAAUCCUAGUUUAUGAAGCGCCUGUUUUCUUUUAUGCUCUGCCCAAGUAUUUACAGUGUGAGCUGGAGCGGGUCCAAAAAAGGGCAUUAUUGAUCAUUUGCCCCAGUCUGCCUUAUGACGAGGCACUUAUGAAGCUGGUAGUCCAACCAUUAUUUCAUACUGCAAGGACAUAUGUGACAAGGUUUUUAACCCUGCCCUUGGCAACAAGGAUACUAACAAACUUAACAAGCUAUUAACUGAAGCCAAUAGGGCUCCGUAUUUACUAAGAAAUUACCGACACUUUGCACUUCCAAGGUGGAAGACGGAACGUUUUAAGAACACUUUUAUCUUGUCAUCGUGCCUAAAGUACAAUUACCGGUAAAUGAUUCGGUUUGAAAGCUUUUAUAU